GACGAUAAAGUGAUUGUUCUCUGUUUCCUCCUCUUUAUACCCUAUUUGGAAUUGGAUUGAUCAUUCUCGCAGUCAGCUGGGGGUUGCUGCUACUGCUAUUACUGCAGCUUGAUAUCGAGCCAGAAAGGAAUAAGAAAGGUGUCAAAGGGAAAGUGGGCAGAAAAUAAGCAAGCAAAUUCAGGCAGAGGAAAUGGAAACGAGGAACAGACGAAAGGGAGAAAACUAAAAGUCUUGGGAAUAAACAAAAGCUGGAAGAGUUCGAAAUGGUUGCAGUCACUUCAGGCUGAGUGCUGUUGAUUGGGAGCUGUCAUCUGUAGAACUCUGCUUCCAGUCUGUUCCUGUUAGUGCCUUGUGUGUGACAGUUUCUGGGUUUGCAGUCCAUUUGUUCCUGUACCUGGCUUUUGAAGGCAGACUGCAGUUUGACUGAAGCCAUGGAAAACUGGUGGUGGUGUGUAACAGGGACUUGGUUAUCACAGACUGCUCACAGCAAGCUCUUUUGUCGGUUUCCUAUGUAAACCAGUGGUGAACUGCUGCAUCUGUCAGAUGGUGUGGAUUUUCCUGUCUUGUCCGAGACUGAAGAUUAGCAUUUUCACGUGGUCUGCAUUUUGGGAAGUGCAUGGAUUUGCAGGCUCGUCAUUUAAUCAUCGGGGCCGAUGGAUCGCCUGUUGGUGUUAUGUCUCUGCCUGGCGACGCCGAAGUAAAACAGUGUCUAGGUUUUGCCUGAUCGGGUUCCUGCAUUCACUUCGCUGUACGGCUGCUGAAUUCCCCCUGCUUAUGUUAACCCUCUGUACGUUUGGGAGACACAUAACCUUAUGGCGUGCUAUUACCUUGUGAUCAGCUCAACGCAUCUCAGCAAUGGGCAUUUUAGAAGCAUUAAAGGAGUUUUUAGAGGUCCUCUGUGCAAGAAUGGGAGUGAAUCACUGGAUUAUGCUGGAAAGGAGAAGGCCAUAGCAAAGGCCGUUGAGGACCUGAAAGCCAAUUUCUACUGUGAAUUAUGUGACAAACAGUACCACAAACAUCAGGAGUUUGACAAUCACAUUAAUUCUUAUGACCAUGCACACAAACAGAGACUAAAAGAACUAAAGCAAAGAGAAUUUGCUCGAAAUGUAGCUUCAAAAUCGAGAAAAGAUGAAAAGAAACAGGAAAAGGCUCUCAAACGUCUCCAUCAGCUUGCAGAGUUACGGAAACAGACAGAAUGUACUCCAGGAAGUGCCCCUAUGUUCAAACCUGCAACAAUGGCCAUUGACAGUCACUCAAAAAGAGUUGUUGCUGGACCCAUUGCCAAAGACAGAGAUACUGGAAGAAAGAGCAAUACCAGGGCUUCAUGCAAAAAAGAAGCACUGAAAAAGAAUUUGGAAAAUAGCCUGCCAUCUACAGCACAAGUACAAGGCCAGUUCGGCUUAAAGCCCUUUAGUCUGUUCACAAAUAAAAGCAGCUCAUAUAUCCACAAGGGUAGUAUUUCAUUUUCUUUCUCCAAAAAAGUUCCUGUGAAGCUAGAGUCAUCAGCUUCAGUUUUCGAUGAUACCAUUGAAGAAAAGCAAAGUGAGGACGAGCCUCAAAAUUGCAAAGUGAAAGCUGAACCAGCAAUGUUGGGGGUACCUGGAGGACAAAAUAGCAUGGCAUGCACUGAAAAUAAUGAGCAAAUGAAACAGUCUCAGAUGGGCAGUGGCAUUGGGAGCAAUCCUUUUGCAAGGGUUAAAAAGCUGAAGGCACUGAUGUUGAAGGAAAAUAAGGACGAAGAAGGAAAGGAAUAUUAUUGUUAUACUCCUACACUUUGCAAAACCAAGACAAAGUUCCCUUUCUUAUUAUUCAUGAAAUCAUCUGAGACAACAGAUGCAGGCAAGCUGUCGGCCCACGAUGAGAAAAACAAAGGGUUUCAUACUGAUAGCAGUAACUUCAAAUGUCGUGAGAUCGCUGAAAUUGGAGAUGGACAGAAUGAGGUCAGAGAUGCCAAGAAAAUGGCCACACCACAACUAAAUUAUCUCACUUGUCAGCAGAUACCCAAUCAAGAGGAUGGGAAAACAUCAGAUCAGGAUACUUGCAAGAUGAAAAAUGAAGCAUUGUCCAUGUUUAGUGAGAAACAGACAGAACCUCAGUUGCGCAGGCUGGAAGCAUCACACAGGCCAAAGCCAAUAACUGGGCCCUUCCUUCAUGUACUAAGUAGAGACGGAUCAACAAUACUUCAAUGGCCAUCAGAACUUCUAUUGUUCACACAGACUGAGCCGUCCAUCUCGUACAGCUGCAAUCCAUUGUAUUUUGACUUUAAGCUGUCAAGAAACAAAAAUCAAAAGAAUGGGACCACAGAGCCAGAAUCCAAUAUGGAGCAUCAGCAUAAUGUAGCUGUUGCAAUUGAAGAAGACAAUGGAGCUGGCAUAAGAGAAGCACAAAAUAUAAGUGUAGCAACUGAGGAAGAUUUGAAGCAGAGAAAACUAAUAGGAUCGCACAAAUCAAAGAAAAGGAAGCACCACCACAAAACUGACAAGAGAUUGAUGCAGAAACCUGAGAAUGGCUAUGUAGAAAAUGUGAUCAAAAAAGUAAGAGGGAAAUGGUACAAACAGAUUCUGAAAGAAAAGGAUAAAUACGCUCUGAAAAUAACAGACCCGGAAUCGCAGAGUACUGAAGAAGAUUUGAAAGAGGAAAAAUAUUCCAGACUAACUCCAAAAUGCUUUUUACAGGAUAGGAAUUGCAGCACAAAUGAGGAAUCGGAGCACAUCAGCAGCAGUGUUAUUAAAAAACCAUCAGUUUCUCCUCUUGAUUUAAGCAACAAGAAACAGAAGAUUUCACCAGAUAAUUCUUUAAGUACUUCCAAAGAAAUGUCUGAAAACCAAAAAAUGUGCAAAUUCAGACAUGACAGCCUAAAUUUGAACUGCAAUGAGACCGGUAGCAUCAAGGAACUCCACGGAGAGGACCAUAAAUUAUCUUCACAUUGUAGCUAUGAAGAUGACUCAGAAAGUAACAGAAGUAAUUGCCGAAAAUCCAGAAGCUAUUCAUCUUCCCAUGGCUCAUCAAUUAGGUCAUCUUCUGAUACCUCAAGUGAUCGCAGUAGGACUAGUAAUAGUAGUAGAAAUUAUUCUGAUAGAUCAAGCGAUUACAGUCAUAGAAGUCAGUCUCGGUAUUGCUCAAAAAUGCAUCAAAGGUCACAUUGUAAUCACAAAUGUCAUUCUAAGUGUAAAAAGAACAGGUUCAGCUAUUCAUCAGUGUCAUCAUUAUCUUCUGAUAAUGACCAUCACCAUUGGAAAAGAAGUGUCAGCCGAAGCAGAAGCCGAGACAACACGCGUAGGACUCAUUCAUGUACAAAAGGCCGAAUUCAUGGCAGAAGCAGAAAUUCUAGCAGUAGCCGACAUCACAGCAGAAGUAGAAGCAGAUAUAGGAGCAGGUCAAGGCAUAGUGGGAAUAGACAAGAAAGUCCCAUUAAAGAUUACUCACGCAGCAGACAUCCUAGCUUGAGGAGGUCAUGUUCUAGAAACAAAGAACAGUGUAGGAAAGAUACAUCUAAUGAGGGUAGACACAGAAGUUCCACAUCUUUCUCAAAAGACAGAGUGUAUCAUAUAAAAUCAUCCCUAUGCUAUCGUGACUGUCAUGAGAUACAAAGAGGAACAGAAAAAUUCCAUGGAACAAUAAAAAAUGAAUAUAAAAUACAGAAUCACAGCUCGAUGUCACCCAGCUUAUUCCAGAAGAAUUAUACCAUUGGUUGCUCCAUUCUAAAUUUGAAGGAAAUGAUUAAAGAUGAAAAAGAACCUCAGGUAACACAGCACCUGUUAGAAAAACUGCAAUGUAACAAAAUUGAAGAGGGGAAAAAUACAGCAGGAAACUUAACCUCAGCGUCGACUCCACUAGAUUUAAACCUGAACGAUCCUGCACAAGGUUAUGGCAGCCCCAGACUUCCUCCCUCCGUGGAUAAUAUGACAUUGUUGUCUGUAUUUGGAAAGUUAGCUGCAAUAGAAAAGGUAGUUGAGAAAAAUGAUGAUACAAGCAAAAACAUUAGCACUGACAAAGCAGAUGAGCCUGAAAACUCAAAAUGGUCUGAAAAUGAAACAGCAUCGACGACAAACCAGGAACAGAGCCUUCUUAUGAAAGAAGUAUAUGAGGAUAAAACAGACAUAGAAGAAGGAUCAAUGAACAGUCUAAUAAAAACUGCUGAGGACGAACAGAUAGGCCCAACUAUAUAUCAAGUCCAGCCUGCUGAAGAAGAUGUGAGCCCAGUCCCUAAAACUAUGUCCAAUGUUGUUUCCUGUGUUACUGAUGAUUUCGACAAUAGUUCAAUGGUGGUCAAAGAGAAACAUUCCCAAAUGACUUUUUAUGAUUCUAGUGAUACAAAUUCUGUUCCACUGGGAGACGUUACCUUUGAUUAUAACAACACUAACUCGGAGAAUGUUGACAAAGUGGAUCCUCCAUUCAUGGAAACUGCUAAAUCAAACUCAACCGCUUUGGCAAGCCAGCCUAUAACCUUUACACCAGACGAAAUGGAGAAAUACAGCAAAUUGCAAUUACAAGCACAGCAACAUAUCCAGCAACAGUUUCUCGCCAAACAGGUUAAGACAUUCCCAUCAUCUGCAUCGCUUACUUUCUCUCCAGUGCCAGCAUUUCAGCCUGUUUCCAUUCAGCAGCCGUCCGCUGCUGCUGCUACAGUUACCACUGUUCACCACACUCUCCUCCAACAUCACGCUGCGGCUACUCUUACAGCUGCUCACCAGCAAGCGAUGACACAGCUUCACCAUAUCACCCAGCCGCAUAUCACACCCCUUACCUUCUCUCCAAUCACUCAUUCUAUUUUUCCUGCUCACCCCACCACAUUCCUAGCUGGCCACCCACUGCAUUUCAUCCCUGCAGCGGCAAUCCACCCAGCCCAGCUGGCACUUCACCCACUGCCACACACUACUCUCUGUCCGACUCUAUUUGCCCCUCACCCAGUUGCAGCAGCAGCUGCUGCUUCAGCUAUUCAUUUUCACCCUUUGCUUCAUCCUCUGUUCCCAGGACAUGAUCUGCAACAUCGGUCUCCUCCAAACACCUGAGAGAAACUAUUCAGAAGUUAAUAAGUUGUUAAGGCCAGUUUUAAAUACCUUGGUUUCUUCAUGGUAGUGGCAAAAAGUGGCUAAAAAAGAUAUACUGCAAGUGACUUUGGUCUUCCUGAGCUGAGGUAUUUCAUGUGGGUUCUUGUCAGACUUGCUUUUAAUUAAAUUCUUAGCUGGUGGCAACUCAAUGCCCUGUGCAUUAUAUAUGCUUUUGAUGUCCUAGAUCCCAUCUGCCUUAGUAUUAACAAUAACUAUGUGAAAGUAUCAUGGUAUUUUUCAGAUGGUCUUCUCAAAUUUUCCCUUAGGAUAGAGCAGCCUUUUGUUAGAAUACUUGAGUCAAUGAUCAUCUUCACAAUUUUAAAUGCUUCAAAUCCAAUGUAUGGAUUCAUGUCACAAUUUCCAUAUAACUAUUCUCCAGAUAUGCUCUUUCUGAGUUAACUUGAAUGUAUUACAUUUGUAUUUUAUGCUGUUAAUAGCUCUUUAGACUUUUGGUUGACUUGAAAAAUGUAAUCUUCAAAGCAUUUGUUUUUGUGUAAAAAUAAAGCAGAGUGCAGUGUAAGUGGAUAGAAUUGCACUGAAUACAGUAAUGCAGUGCUGCGUUAUUAGGUUUUUUCCAUACAAAAUGGGAAUAUAGUUCUAAAUAAUGCAAUAAUAUUUUUCCAUAAUAUAUUUGGUUCUAUCAACUAAUGAUAUUGUACAUAAUGUAGUUCUUAAUGUAAAUAAAGUCAAUGCAGUAGAGCAUUACUUUAGAAAUAAAAACCUGUACGAUAUUCUCCCAACCAGGAAUAUUAUCUUUUUAUUUCAUGUAUUGUACAUUUGUCUUGAAAUUUGUUAGGGUUUACAAAGUGUCUGUAUGAUACUGUGUGCUGAAGAUUAAUGAUUGUUAUAUGGCAGGAGUUGGAAAUAAAUUGUGGCAAAAUUGA